AUGAGCGAUACCGAACCUCUCCAUAUUCCGGCCCUUGCCGCUGCUUCUUCAUUCGCUCCUUUCUGGCCUGAAGCGCAGAGCUGGGAUUCCUUCCUAGAACGCUUCAAAGUAUUUCUUCAAGCCCAUGGGCUGACCGACCUGCCUGAGAGGCGCAAGAAGGGGGUGUUCCUUCAUUACUGUGGGGCAGAGAUGUUUGCCACUGCCUGCGCCCUCUCCGCUCCUUCACCUUCCCACGCAAUUCCUUUUGACGUUCUUCUCUCCCGCCUCAAGAUUGAUUAUGAGCCGGCUCCCUCCCGCUACGCUAGACGAAAGCACUUCCAUCAUUGCAUCCAGCGGGAGGGCCAGUCCAUCGCUCAAUACGUGGCGGCCCUUCGCACCGCUGCCAUGGACUGCGAGUUUCUGGAUCUGGACGAUGCUCUUCUGGAGCAAUUCAUCUACGGGCUCCUCGAACUGAACCUCCACCAGCGCAUCCUCUCGCGGACUGAGUUGUCCAUGAAGAUCGCUGUGGAUGAGGCCAGGGCGUACGAAAUGGCUGGACAGUCCACUCCUGAUCUCCGCCGUUUCCCGCCCUCAGUCUUGGCCUCGCUUCCUCCUCCGUCCUACCAGUGCCAGGUGUCACACGAAGAGCCUUGGUCCGACUUCGAUGCCUCCGUCGACCGGCUGCACUCUCUCUCCCUCAAGGACACUGGCUCGUGUCUCAGCUGCGGCAACCGCCACCAGCGUUCCUCCUGCCGUUUCCGUGCCGCACUUUGCCACCAGUGCGGCAAGAAGGGCCAUAUAGCUGCUGUCUGCCGUUCUCCUGCUUCGGCUCCUUGGGCCUCCAGGGCUCCCAUCGGCCAUGGUCUGGCCUCUGUGCCUUCUUCUGCUUCCCGCUGCUAUGCUGUUUCCGAGCCUGAGGGGUUCGCCCCUGAAUGGCAGAUGGAUGCCACUUCUACCACAUCCGGCAGCCGGGGUAAGAUGCAUCUCCGCGUCUUGCUGGCCGGCCGCCCUUGCCAGAUGGAGCUCGACACCAGCUCCUCGAGAACCAUCGUUUCCUGGGACAACCUCAAACAACUUUUCCCCCGCUUCAUGCGGAAACGACUGUCUUUUGCCUCUUGCCUUCUUCGGGACUACCAGGGGUCUCCUAUUCCUGUCCUGGGGUGCCUCAUGCUGCCGGUCCAGUAUGGGCGGUUCCACGGUCCCUUGCCCCUCAUAGUGGUCAGGAACUCCUUGAUCUCUCUCCUGGGGCUCGACUGGUUCCGGGCUUUUGGGUUGUCCAUCGCUGGCAUUAACUCCCUCUGGCUGACUUCUGACAUCGACCUGCUAGUGGCAGAGUUCGCUGAUGUAUUCAGCGAGACCCUGGCUUGCUACAAAGGCACUCCAAUCUCCCUAAACCUCGACCCCCUGAUAGCCCCCAUUCGCCUCAAAGCCCGCAGAGUGCCAUUGGCACUGCAGGCUAAGGUGGACACUGAGCUGGACAAGCUCAUCUCCCAGGGCAUCGUUGAGCCCGUAGACCAUGCCCCCUGGGAGACCCCUAUUGUGCUUCCCCUUAAGUCGGACGGCUCCUUGAGGGUCUGUGCCAACUACAAGGCCACUGUCAAUAAGGCCCUGCAGGCCCAUCCCUACCCUGUUCCCGUCGUCCAGCAUGUGCUGCAUUCCUUGGGUCAGGGCAAAAUUUUCGCAAAAUUGGACCUGGCCCAGGCUUAUCAGCAACUGCCUGUGGACGACGCCACUGCAACCGCCCAAACAAUCAUCACACACUGGGGGGCGUUCCGCUGUACACGCCUCCAGUUUGGCAUCAGCGUCGCCCCCGGUCUCUUCCAGGGACUCAUGGAGCGCCUGCUCCAUGGGAUCCCUGGCGUGAUGCCACACUUUGAUGACGUCCUGAUUGCCGCCCCGGACCAAUCAGAACUCAUCUCCAAUCUACGGGCCAUCCUCUCCCGUUUCUGAGCUUCAGGUCUACACCUGAAGUGCUCCAAGUGCUGCCUUGGGGUUUCCGCUGUCGACUUCCUCGGGUUCUAA